ACGAAGUAAACAAUGCUUACAUUAGUAUAUGAAAGACUUACGAAAACAUCACAUUUAGUAGAACAAAUAUCCAUCAGGACUAUGUGAACACUGCCAGGUUGAGGAAACAGUAGAGCAUGUCAAACAGAAAUGAAAGAGGAACUUUAAAGAAAGAAAUCAGGAAGCUUGAAGUGGAACAAACAAAUCUCAAAUAAAUAUUAGACAUUGGGUCAGGGAGACUAUUUAAGACGAACAGAGUUCAGGAAAAUUUAGCAUUUUUUCUAAUUUUAGGGGGUUGAUAAUUAUGGUUCACACUCCAGCACAGUAGGUGGCGGUAUGUCACAUUUAACUCUGUUUACCACCUGCAUGAAAACCGUGAAAAUAAGAAGAUUGUUUUAGUUCCAAGUCGGACAGUUUAAGCGUUUGCACCCUAUCACUGUCACUGGCCAACAUGGCGUCCGGGCUAUUACUAAAUCGUGGUGCGCUAACAUUAGGGAUUCACUGUCAGCGUGUGUGCAGAAACGUGUCGGUUUCACAGGUUAGAGAGAAGAAGCGAUGGAUGAAAUCAUACACCCACCUCAUGGCGAAGAAGCUGAAGCUGGAAGGACCUCCAGCCCCGAAACCACGCUCUCAACAGCCUAACUGGGACUUCCAUGCUGAGGUUCAGGCGUUCAGCCUCCGACUCCAGGAAAACUUCAACCUGGAGGCCCUGAAGAAAGCCUUCAUCAAUCCCUGUUACCUGCAGGCAGAGCAAGAGAGGAGGCGGGCGUUAGGCGUGGACUCGGAGGCCGCCGCUCUCGCUCUGAAAGACAACAUUCAGCUGAGUGAAAAGGGAGCGGGUUUCACUAAAAGUUUCCUGACCGACUGGUGCAGGGUCAACUUCCCGAGCCUGCGGAGCGAAGGGGUGGAGAGUGUUGUAGCGCACCUCACCAGCUCACCAGUCGUGAGCUAUGUAGCAAGAAAUCUGGGCAUCGAAGACCUGACCAUGAGUGCAGAGUGUCCUGUUCCUGAUGACGUGCUUCACUCGACAUUCAUGGCAGUGAUCGGAGCUCUGGAGGAGAGCAGCGGAGUAGAGCAGACCGGAGUGUUCCUCAGGGAUUUCCUGGCCACUCAGCUGAUAGGGAAGGACCUGUUUGAUAUGUGGACAGUUGUGGACCCCAUGGGGCUACUGGUGGAGGAACUUACUCAGAGGAACCUUCCCCUGCCAGAGCCUCGACUCGUUAGGGCUGCCGGAGCCAGUACUGUCCUGCCACUGUACUUUGUCGGCUUGUACAGCGACAAGAAGCUCCUGGCUCAGGGUCCGGGGGAGACACUCGUAGCAGCAGAGGAGGAGGCAGCUCGCGUGGCCCUCCGGAAACUCUACGGCUACACGGAGAACCGCAGACCAUUUGACUUCUCUCCUCUGCAGCCGCAUCAGAAGCAACUCAUUCAAGCAGUCAGCAGCAGUUAGUGAAUUAAAAACGAUUUGGCUGCAGCAGAAAAUUGGACAUUAAAGUGGCAUGGAUGAACGUGGGGGAUCAUUUCAGAUAUUGUGCAUCUUGUUUGUGGAUGAUGCUACUGGUGGUAGAGGAACGGUCUAGGAAUAUGAGGUCAACAUGGACCGUACUUAUUGACAUGUGUUCCUUAUGGGUAUGUCAAUGUCAGUCCCCAAAGGCAAGGGAGGACAAAUAACCAAUAUUGUAUAAAAAAAAGGUUUCCAUUAUAUCAGACUGCAAUCUAAGUGUUUGAAUGAAUGUAAUAUAUUCAAGAUAAGUCCACAGUUAUAUAGUAAUAAACCUCUAGCUGUUCAGGAGUCCAUGCCACAAAACAGCCCUCAUGUUUGUUUUUUCUUGUACAUACUUCAAUUGCCAUUUGGUUUACUCUGUAUGCUGUUAUACCACUUUGUUCAUCUUUAAUAAAUGGUUAUAAAUAUGAA